AGUUUCAGAUGGCUGGUUGUUGCAUCAGUUGAUUAUACAAAGGAACGUUGGCCAAGGGUUCUUCGACCGAUUACCAAUUUGAUUGGUGUUUGAACGAAUGAAAUGACAGCUGCGAAAUAUUUUGGAGAGGAGAAAUUGGAGGAUGCGAUUUAUGCGAUAUACUUACGUAAAGUACGCUAUGUAUCACCACCGAACAAUGAAUCUUCGGAUGAUCGCGCGCUAGAUAUAAGGAGGUACGGUUGCUCUGUGGAUAACACAUCCGAUCAUUUGCACUGGGAAACCAUUCGAGAACGAGUCAUUCGUGCCGGAACAUUGCAAAAACUAGUUGAGUGCCUGACAAGUGAUGAUAUGUUGAUGGAUUCGAGACAUUUUAAUGUUUUUUUCGCCACCUAUCGUUCUUUCGCAACAUGUUCAAAUGUACUGGAGCUUUUACUUCAACGUUAUAUGUCGCUUGAGAUGAAUUCGCUGAUAAUUGGCAAAGCAAAAGCUGUCACUUUGCAAUGCUCUCUACGUUCUGUAAUAAUGUGUUGGUUGGAAAUGUACCCUGAAGAUUUCAAUGAGCCAAGUGCCGACUUUACUACUUUGAUGCGACUGAUCGAGUUUGGCAGGAUACAUAAAAUCACUGAUGUGAGGACAAAAGCCCGACAGUUGCGAGAAACCUAUAAACGUCAGGUUAUGGAUGGACGUUACUUAGCUCAAAUACCUUCAAUGGAGCAAUAUGUCUUCAGCACAGGUUAUGAUGCACCUGAUUUCGAUACGUGUGUACAGAGGGCUAAUAUGUUCGAUAUUGGAAAGGAAAAUUGCGUACAGAUUGCUGAGCAACUCACGUUUUGGGAUGCUGAAUUAUUCAAGGAACUGUUGCCACAACAAUGCCAAGGUUGCGUGUGGAACAAAAGAAAUAAACGAGGGCCAGAAACAGUAUACACUGUAAGGGCAACAAUUGAUCAGUUCAAUGCAGUUGUUCAAAAAGUGAUGACAAGUAUAGUUCUUCCGGAUUGCCGGCCUGAUUUUCGAGCAAAAAUAAUCGCAAAAUGGAUCGACGUUGCAAGGGAACUAAGAGCUUUGAAAAAUUUCUCAUCAUUAAAAGCAAUCAUAUCAACGCUUCAGUCAGAACCGGUUCACAGGCUAAAAUCUACAUGGGCACAAGUUCCUAGUGCGUCACUAGCUCAGUUCCGUGACUUAGCAUCAAUAUUUGAUGCAGAUGAUGAUGGUGAAGAACGUCGGGCUAGACAAAUUCUUGAAGAAGAAGGCACAGCAAAGAAAUCACCAUUAAAGCGACCACAGCUUAUUCAGAAUUGUCGAAGAACAAAAAGCGAUGUUAAUUUAGCAGAAUCUCAAGGAACAGUACCCUAUCUGGGUACUUUCCUUACUGACCUUUCCAUGAUUGACCAAGCUAACCCAGAUUUCACUGAGGAAGGUUUGAUAAAUUUUGAAAAGCGUCGAAAGGAAUUCGAAAUAAUCGCCAAAAUUCGCCUUUUCCAAUCUGCAUGUCGUGCCUACAAGAUCCCUAUGGAUAUGGCAUUCUGCUCAUGGUUCUGCUUUCUUCCGGCAUUGGAUGAAAAUCAAUGUUUCGUAAGGUCGUUAGAAGUAGAACUGCCAACUAAUCAGGGGGACUCAUCGAAGCCAAUUCGACCAUCACAGGUGUCAAAAAUGAAUACAUUAUCACGGUUAAUAUCAGGCAUGAGUACAGACGAGAAUCCAAAUGACAGCGGGCAAAUAUCUAAUGAUUCGGGUAUCGUAACGGAAGAUUUAUGGUUUGAUGCUGUAACCAAACCAUUUGCUGAGAAAACAUUAGUAACUGUCUGUAGUCCGUUUGGUAUCGUUUCUUCGCGAUCAUUUACUGCUCCUCCAACACCAGCUAGUACAGUUUUCUGGAAAGGUGGCAGUGAAUUUAAUCCUACUGUUGCUUUUUCACAUCGACGGUCAACAAGUGGUGGUUGGGACAAGAAGCAUCAGUCGAAUGAUGUUACUGUUGGUACUUCAUUGAAUUCUUAUGGGAAUAUGACACCGGAAACGUCAUCAGGUUCAUGCGUUUCGGCCAGUUCAUUGCAGCAGACAACACCGUUCCAUCUUGCACGAAUCGCUUUAGAUGAUUCAAUGAAAAAUGAUACGGGCAAUGCUAAUUAUAAAUGUAUUAAAAAUGGUGACAGGAUGGCGGAAUUAAUUGAAAGGACUUUAGAAAAACAUCUUAUCUGUGGUGACCAUUCCGAAUAUUGUCUUGUGCAGCUCCUUCCCGAUGGAUGUGAAUUCUGCUUGCCGGAGAAAUGUAAUCCAUAUUAUGCUGUUGCACCAGAUCCCACUUCAACAAUGUUGAAUUUUGUGUUGCGACGAAAAAGCGACGUGGAGCGAGUGGCAGUAUCAGGUGGUAUUGCAGCAUCAAAUAAAAAAUUAAACAAGAUAAAACGAUGUAAUUUACUACGAUGGAGUAGCGGUUAUUUAUGA